GACGUCGACGUGACCCCUCUGGUCUGCAGAGGGCGUCCUACGUCGUUUCUUCUCUAUUGUGCACGAAGAAGAAGAAGGAAAAAGCACAAGCAGCUCUAACCGAUUUCUUCCGCCGCAGUGCAGUCGAGCAUUUCCCGACGUCGGUCGGGCGGCGAGCGCGUCCGCGGAAGGAAACGCGACUCGGCUUUGAGCCGCGUCGGGAUGGUGCUGAGGGAGCUUCCGGCGGAGCAGGCGGCGCGCUCCCUGGGCAGGAACGAGGUGCUCGGGCUCCUCUUCCGCCUCACCGUCUUCGGCGCCGUGGCCUACUUCACCGUCAAGUGGAUGGUGGACGCCGUGGACCCCACGCGCAAGCAAAAGGUGGAGGCGCAGAAACAGGCGGAGAAGCUGAUGCGGCGGAUCGGCGUCAAAGACGUCAAGCUGUCCGAGUACGAGAUGAGCAUCGCCGCUAACCUGGUGGACCCUCUCGGCAUGCAGAUGUCGUGGCGCGACAUCGGCGGUCUGGACGACGUCAUCGCCGAGCUCCGGGAGACGGUCAUCAUGCCGGUCCAAAAGCGACACCUCUUCCAAACGUCCAGACUGCUGCAGCCCCCCAAAGGGGUGCUGCUGUACGGGCCGCCGGGCUGCGGGAAGACGCUGAUCGCCAAGGCCACGGCCAAGGAGGCGGGCUUCCGCUUCAUCAACCUGCAGCCCAGCACCUUGACGGACAAGUGGUACGGCGAAUCGCAAAAGCUGGCCGCCGCCGUCUUCUCUCUGGCCGUCAAACUGCAGCCCGCCGUCAUCUUCAUCGACGAAAUCGACUCCUUCCUGAGGAAUCGCUCCAGCUCGGACCACGAGGCCACGGCCAUGAUGAAGGCGCAGUUCAUGAGUCUCUGGGACGGCCUGGACACGGACCACCGCUGCCAGGUCAUCAUCAUGGGCGCCACUAACCGGCCGCAGGACCUGGACUCGGCCAUCUUGAGGAGGAUGCCCACCAGGUUCCACAUCAAGCAGCCGGGUUUGCAUCAGCGCGAACAAAUCCUUCAACUCAUCUUGGAAAACGAGAACGUGGACGAGUCGGUGGAGCUUUCGGAACUGGCCCGGGAAACGGAAGGCUUUUCGGGGAGCGACCUUCGGGAGAUGUGCCGCGACGGCGCCCUGUCCUGCGUCCGGGACUUUGUGCGCGGCGCGGACCUCGGCCCGAGCGAGGAUUCCAUCCGUCCCAUCGGCGCGCGCGACCUUCAGCGGGCCGUCGCCAAGAUGAAGAAAUCCAAGACGGCGGGAGGUCACGGCGCGCUGUUGCACGCGGCUCUGGACUGAACCCCCCCUGCCCUGAAUCAGAAGUCGUCUCCGGCGGAUGAGCUGGGACUUUUUUUUUUUUUUUUUUUUGAAAAGAUCUCCCCGGAACAACAAACGAAUCCUAUUUUUGGCCUUGUAUUCUGCCCGCUGAUAUUAAAGUCCAACUGAAAGA